GCCACGGCAAAAUCCGGUUCUCACCCGACCUUGCGCGACUCUGUUUGCGAAUAACUUUGCGACGCGACGCGAGCAUAAAGACUGACGCGGAUUCCCGGGGAAGCUGGUUGCCGUCUUGUGGCCCGAGUACCGCCAUACAUUUAUUUCGUCUCCUGGCUUGGAUUCGUAUACCCUCUUCGCGCUGUGUUCCUGCAUUGAAGAUUUACCCGAAAUUCCGGACUCUCAGCAUGUUCGGAAUGCGCGAGAUGGUUCUUCUGGCCUCCUGCACGUUCUCAGCGGGAGUCGCCCUCCACGACGCCGGUGGUGCGAUCCUCAAGGCCUCGAGUGGGAAGUGUGCUCCGCAGCCCAAUUCGUAUGGCAUCGGAAACAGGGCAACGUGCACCUUCACCCGGGUCCUGGACAUCGACUCCCACAGGAUUCCGCCUGAGAUACCCAGCGUCAAGUGCAAGUGUCCCGGAAACCUGUGCAGCCCUACGGGCGACUUUCGGUGCCAGGAAGUGAGGGAAAAAAUCAAGGUGUCGUACCCACGCUGGAACGGCGGCUCCCUGUGGUCGUUGCAAAAUAAGACCGUAGACGUGACCACGGCCUGCGUUUGCGCCAUGAACCGAGCCGUCAGGGCCGACGACGACGGGGACAGAACUUUGGACGUGAUGUACAACACGGUUCGCUGAUAGCGAUGCUAACGACGUUGGUGUAGGAACGUCUCUCUCUUUUUCACCAUUUAGAUGAAGACUUAUCAGGCAUAAUGUUUGCAUGAUUCGUGUUACAUGUGUGUUUGUUGUGACGCCUGCGUUUUAUGGUGCGUGUGUUUUGUGGUAUCUUUUUUUCCUGUACCCAACAGCCAUACCUAGACACAGUACUGUAGUGCAAUCUGGCUUGUAGAAGUAUAUGCGGACAUUCUGGCUUGUAACGUUGGAGAAGUCUGUAUAUUAAUUGGCGAGCAGUGUCUUAAAUCACUGAAGGGGGCCAAUUUAAACAUGUGUUGCGUCGAGUGAAAAAUGCGGUCAGUUCAAAGUACAGGCAAAAAUUGUGCCUCGUGUUUUGCUUCUUUUGCCUCUUCGUCACACUUUGCGGUUUUAACUUGGGCCACUGUUUAUGUGUCAUCGGGUAAUGUGGCAAUGGGUAUGUGCUCAGACAGACAAGCAAAGGAAGAGGCAAGAAGGGAAGAAAUCGGAUAACAGAAAAUUGAAGUAGGCCACACAGGAGUGAGAAA